UACCCCGUGCGCAUGGAACUAUAGUCCUCUAACUCUUGCUCCGUGCGCACGGAGCAGCAGUGGGUAUUCUAGCACCCCGUGCGUACUAUGCUCAGACAUCAGCUGUGAUUUAAGAUAGGUUAGGUUGUUUUGGGUUAGAAGCACGAUAUUGUUUCAAUAAUAAAAUGAAGGAGGGUGCGUUAUUUGCAACAUUGGAACAGUUGGAGCAAGAAAUAAAAGAAUAUGAAGCAACCAAUUACGUUACUCUACAGAAAAGAGAUUCCUGUUUAUUAUCUAAAGCUGUCAAAAAAUAUCCUAGAGCUGCAAGAGGAAAUCGGAACCUUAAGUAUUACUAUGUCGAGUAUACAUGUUCAAAAGGAGGGAAGCGUUUCAAGAGUCGUGGAAAAGCGAUAAGAAAAUCUUCUACAAUGUAUGAGGGAUGCCCCAUGAAAAUAAAAUUCGUUCUUGCAGAAGAUGGUAAACACCUACUUUGCAAAUUACUACACGAUCAACACAACCAUAUCAGAAAUAAGGAUGCGUAUAAGCACUUUGCCAAAAAAAGGAAACUAGACAGCGAAGAUCAAAAGGAAGUUCAACAACUACUAAAAUUACGAGCAAAUCCGAAAGAUGUUCAAAACUACAUCAUGCAAAAGACUGGAAAAAUUAUUUUGAGCAAAGACAUACGUAAUAUAAAGUAUGUUACAAGAUUGCCAUUAAAGUCAAACGAUUUGGAGAAAAUUGUGUCAAUAUUAUCUGAAAAUGAGGGCUGUGCUGUAGAAAUCGCGCACGAUCAAGAGGACAUUUCCCGAAUUGUUAAUAUGCGAUGCUACUUAUAA